GAGGCGGCAUUUUCAACGUUAAGUUUCUGAAAUGUCUAGUCGGUUAUUGACAGGCGGAGAAUGCCCCCAGGGUGUUUUGGAUGUUGUUGAAGGUGCUAUUGGUUAUCUUGCCUUAUCAGUUGGAUAUACAUCUAUUGAGUACGCAGCGUUGAGAGUACUUUCAAAUCUUUUCUUUUCUUUUACAGAAGACUUAGCUGUUUCCUCACUAAUGAAUGCUGAAAGCAGUGGGAGAACUUCAAUUCUUUUGAGCGAUAUUGUACUUGGGUUAAUAGAUUUGGGAUUUGAUGUCUCAGGUCUUAAUGAAAUUCCCCGUAAACGCAUGUACAGAGGAUGUAAAGAACCUACUAGCAUCGGAAGUUCUCCGAAGAAAGGUGUGGUAUGUGCUGCAGUUUUGGGCCCAGGAGGUACAACGAUUAUUCCUCGACCCUUGUCAUUGCGUCCUAAUUGGUCGGGAAAUCCGCGUUUUGGUGGGAUGGGUUCCACAUCCUUGUUAAAUACGGGUGUAGGUCAAGGUAUUUCAGAUCAACUGUCAUACUGUUUGCCACCUCCCGCUCCUGCACAUUUACAACUUCCUAUAUUACCGGAACCUCACACUUUCCUAAAUACACGUGUUAAACGAGCACCGAUUGCUUCUGAUCCGUCUUCAUUACGCCGUCGUGUAGUUGAACAACGUCGUAAAGUUCAAGAGUCCUUAAUUCGAUUUUUGGGUCGUGUUCAGCGUGUUCAAUACCUAUUUCCGGGUGAUGCUGAAUCGUUCAUGUUGAUCACUCCAAAAGAAUCACCUCGUCCAUAUCUAUCAGCUCUACUUGCUAGUGUAACCAACGACUGUGAUAUGAAAAUUUCAAUGACAGACAACAAAGAUGACCAAAAUCUUGUAAAGUCUAAGUCAAACGUUUUUGUAAAUAGUAAUUCUAAUCAAUCUCCUGAAACGAAAAAUCCAUUUUUAUUAAAACCAAAAUUUCCUGAAUACUGACCAAUGCUGUGAUUAGAUAUACACUUUGUACAUAUUCCUUUAAUAUUUUUAGAUAAACCUACAUAAUAAAUUCUUUAUAAUUUUCGAAAAUUGGAUUUAGCGUGCUUCAUUUUUUCAAACUAACUAGUUGGAGAAUGGAUGUGAUUUUUUUAAGAAUAAUACGUUUGAUCUGUGCAUCAAUGCAACAAAAGCUGACGAACGAACGCAAUAUUAUUAGAUGACUAGGGAGAAUUAAGUAUAAAGGGAUAAUAUCGUUAUUCAUCGCAGGUAAUGGAAGACGGUCGUACAGUAUGGCGAAUUAAUUGAAAGUAGACAUGUACACCAUUG